ACAUGGUACUUACCACAUUUUGGGGUAGACAACCCAAAUAAAAAAAAACUACGUCUGGUCUUCGAUGCCGCAGCUAGCACAAAUGGUUUGUCAUUAAAUGACUAUCUACUGAAGGGGCCGGACCUACUUACAUCUCUGUUCGGCAUUAUGGUAAGAUUUAGGGAGAACAGAGUAGCGGUGACCGGCGAUAUAAAAGAUAUGUUUUUAAGGAUAAAGGUAAGAGAAGAAGACCAGAACGCACUCAGAUUUCUGUGGAGAAGCAGUCCUGCAGAACAUGAAAAAACGUACGUGAUGACGUCAUUAAUAUUUGGCGCGAAAUGUUCACCGUUCAUAGCUCAAUUUAUUAAGAAUAAAAACGCACUAAGGUAUGAGUCAUCGAUGCCAAACGCCGUAGCAGCGAUAUGUAAUCAACAUUAUAUGGAUGACUACAUAGACAGUUUGCCAGACGAGGCCGCCGCCAUAACAAUGGUACGUAAUAUUAGUAAAAUUCACAAAUCAGGUGGUUUUCAUAUUUGUAAUUGGACUAGCAACAGUCCAGCCGUAUUGGAUAGUAUUCCAAAGGAGUCCUUAGGUACUACGGCCGUAAAGUUCAAAAUAGAUCAAGAAUGCGAAGGUGAACGUACGCUCGGAUUGAUAUGGUACCCGCGCGAAGACGAGUUGGGGUUCGAUGUGUCUCUCAAGCGCAUACCACAUGACAUAAUUAAUGGUAAGAAUAGACCAACAAAAAGAGUUAUGCUCAGAGUCAUAAUGUCAAUAUUCGAUGUAUUUGGAUUCUUAUCGCCAUUUUCUAUACAAGGUAAAAUAAUGUUGCAAGAUACCUGGCGCGCUGGAAUCAGCUGGGACGACUUAGUAACAGAUGACAUACAUAAAAAAUGGUGUCAGUGGGUCAAUGUACUAACGAGUGAAAUAAAAAAUAUCCGUCUGCCGAGGUGGUAUCAAGCAGCGACGAGUGGGAGCGAGUCAGCGAUAAAACGUAGCACAUCAGUUCAGGUAAACAUAACCUCUCUCACCUCUCUUACAUCUACAAGCGUAACCGAACGGGCUAUCGGCUACGAAACUGGCGUAGCUAAUAGCUGCGCUACGACAUCCCGCUGCAAUGACGUAGUGACAGGCGCUACGAAACAGGUUUUGGCUGGAAGUGAAUAUAGUAAUUUAGAGUUACACUUGUGUUGCGAUGCGUCGACUAAAGCAAUGUGCGCAGUCGCAUACUGGCGAUGGUACGUAAAUAAAGAUAUAUGUAUGUCAUUCAUAGCUAGCAAGUGCCGUGUCGCGCCCGUGAGUCAUACUACCGUGCCGCGUUUGGAAUUGCAAGCUGCUUUAUUGGCUGCGAGGUUGGCAGAUACAAUAAUCAGAGAACACAAAAUAAAUCCAGUAAGGCGUUAUUUUUGGUGCGACUCUAGUACCGUGCUACACUGGAUAUGUAAUAAUACACGUAGCUAUAAAACGUACAUAGCAAACCGGCUGGGUGAAAUAGACGAGCUAAGCCGCCCUGAGGAGUGGCGGUAUGUACCUACAAAAUUAAAUGUUGCUGAUCUCGCUACGAGAGAAAAUUACGACGAUUCUCUUUUUAAAAAUGAAUGGUUUAGAGGUCCGUCAUUCUUAUACAGCGAUGAGUCAUCGUGGCCGGUGAAUAUAAUCGAUAAGAUAAAUGAAAUGAGUUUAGAACGAGUAAUGAUAAUACAACAUGAAGAUUGUAACUUACCUGUACCUGACCCAGGAAGAUUUUCAUGCUGGUUACGACUGGUGAGGGCUACGGCAUGUAUUCUAAAAUUUAUAUACAAGUGUAGAAAGCAGAUUGAGACUGUUUGCACAGUCAUGAAGAGGGCUGAGCGAUUGCUGCUAAAAUAUACACAAGAACAGUCAUUCGGUGAUGAAAUAGCUGCAAUUAAAAAUGGUAACUGUUUGUCAAAAGGUAGUAAGUUACUUACGUUAUCUCCAUUUCUGGAUGAGUACGGGAUUCUCCGUGUCGGCGGCCGCAUAGAUGCUGCACCGGAUGUUGAACCUGAAAUGAAGAGACCUAUCAUCUUGGACGGGCGUAGUCAGGUAUCUCAAUUAAUUGUUAGAUACAACCAUGUGAAGACAGCCCACGGGAACCAGGAAACCGUUGUAAACAACCUGAAACAGAAAUAUUGGAUUAUUAGAAUACGUCCAACCGUAAAACAUGUAGCAUAUAAAUGUAUGUUUUGUAGAAUAAAAAGAGCAAAACCACAGGUACCGAGAAUGGGAGAGCUGCCUGAAGCACGACUGGCUCAUCAUCAGCGUCCUUUCACACACUGUGGUCUGGAUUUGUUUGGACCCAUGGAGGUCACUGUGGGGAGACAUAGAGAGAAAAGGUAUGGAGUUUUAUUUACUUGUUUGACCGUCCGUGGAAUCCACUUAGAACUGGUAUCAUCACUUACCUCUGACUCCCUCAUUAUGGCUCUUCGUCGAAUGGCAGCAAGACGGGGUUGGCCUCGUAUGCUGUACUCUGAUAAUGGUACAAACUUGAGAGGCGCUGAUGCUGAGCUGAAGAAGUCUAUAAAUGAGGUAGAUUUUGAUAGGCUAACAAAUGAAGCAGCUAAUAAUGGAGUGGAAUGGACCUUCAUCCCGCCUGCCAGUCCCCACUGGGGUGGGGCAUGGGAGCGACUUAUUAGGAGUGUCAAGACUUCACUUAGGGUAAUUUUAAAAGAACGUGCACCACGUGAAGAAGUACUCAACACGCUCCUGACGGAAGUUGAGAAUAUUGUCAACAGUCGACCCUUGUCACAUGUAUCGGUAGAAGUAGGUAGUAGUGAGUCUCUAACUCCUAAUCAUUUUAUGUUGUGUUCGUCAUCAAAUUUGCCAACUGUUGGUGUAUUUAAUGACUCUGAUUUGUACCUACGUAAACAGUGGCGUAAGGCGCAGAGGCUCGCUGACAUGUUUUGGAAGCGGUGGGUCAGAGAAGUGCUUCCUGACCUAAUACCUAGGCGUAAAUGGCAGUACGACCAGACACCGAUACAGGUAGGUGAUUUUGUACUUAUUGUCGAUCCUGAUGCACCUCGUAAUUUCUGGCUGAAAGCUGUGGUUCAGCAGGUGUUUCCAGGAAGGGAUGGUCGAGUUAGGGUCGUAGAAUUGAAAACUAAGACUGGCAUUUUGAAACGGCCGAAUGGCGAAGUAAAGCAACUGACACCGAUAGACUUUCAACUAUGCUUCUAUGGGUGUCCCAUAAUAGAUUUCCUAUACUACAUAUUCUCGUCGACGGAUCAAGAAUUCAGAAAGAACCAUCUAGAAUCUCUCAAAGACGUCUAUCACGAAACUAUGACAAUUUUUUUGAAGCACUUCAAUAUGGACGUCGAGAAGUACUUUCCAAGGGACGAAUUUGAGAAGAUGUUUAGAGAGAAACUUGACUAUGGUCUUAUGGUAUCUCUAUGGUAUACCCCAUUCGCUCUGGCCGAUGAUGGUACGAUAGGAGAUGUCACUAAUAUGGAUUUGACCACUAUGAAAAUAGAAUUCAAUGAUGCCACUAAAACUAGAAUAAGAGGUAUCGUGGAUGAUUUCAUUCAGUGGGGUUAUAUUUAG